GAUUGAUAGGCUGACGAUUGCAAUGGACUGAACGAGAGCUGCCAUGGUCGUCCUCAUCCCGAGACCAUAAUCCAUAGCGUUAUGGCACAAGUUCCGGACAAAGUGCUUGCCUGGUUGUACAGCGUUCUUCACGAGUACCAAGAUCCGCAACGAACGUACUCCGAUGCCGCCAGAGCGCUGUCCGCAUACCCCUCCAUCUCCCCACGAACAGAGGUCUAUACACACGAGAACGGCGCAUCUGCCUUGCUGCUGACACUCUCUGGAACCCUACCUGUAUCGUUCCGUGGAAGUACAUAUCGGUUCCCAGUCAAGCUAUGGCUUCCUCAUGCCUACCCUCAAGAUGCCCCGAUCGUCUAUGUCGAGCCUGGGAAAGAGAUGCUCAUACGGCCAGGACAGCAUGUCGGGGUCGAUGGGAGGGUAUACCAUCCAUACUUGAGGGAUUGGCGAGGGAUGUGGGAUCGAGCUGGGCUACAGGAGUUUCUCGAAUUGCUGCAGCAGGUUUUUGCGAAGGAGCCUCCGGUGAUCAGUCGAGCGCAACAGCAGCAGUUUCAACGACCAUUGGGAGGAAGCUUACAACAAGGUCCUGGUGCUGUUGGUCCGCCGCAGCUACCUCCGAAGCAGAGGGUUGGCAGUGCUGGUCCACCAUCUGGAUCAAGCGGGAGCUCGGCGCCACCUGUACCGCCGAAACCAGGCGAGGAAUAUGCUCAGCCAUCCCGCGAUGUCAGAAGGGACGGUCCUCCCCUACCACCUUUACCACACGAAUUGGCGCAGCGUUCAUCGCCUGCUCCGACCUCACGAUAUCACAAUGGCCGGCCACCUGGCCCUGCUGGACUAGGUGGAAGACAAAGCGGGCCCUACCCUCCUCAGCAGCUUCAUCCGUACCCGCCGCAACAUCAGCCGAAUAUCCAAUAUUCUCCCCAGUACCAACAUCCUCCUCAGCCACAGAAGAAGCAGCCAGCUCCAGACCUGCUCUCAGACCCGUUCGAGGUGGCUCUUCCCGGGGGGUCGAUUCACGGACCACCAGCUCCAGCGCCCCCUAUUCCGCCCAACCCGGAGAAAGAGCAUCUUCUGCAAGCUAUAUCGGCUACGCUGGUGCAGCAGGCUCAGCAGAAGGUGAACCAGAAUCUCUCCGCAAUUGCACCUCUUCAAGCGCAACAGCAAGCUUUGUACACCGCGCAAGAACGACUCAAAGCAGAAAUUCGCCAACUGGAGCAGCUCGACCAGACUCUCUCCAACAAUGAAGCAAUCCUGCAUCGCAGCAUCCAAGACUGCGAUCGCACGAUCGAGACGGCGAAGUCGAAGAAACAGCCACCUAUCGACGAAGUGCUCAUUGCACCGACGAUGGUCGCCAAUCAGCUAUGGACACUUUGUGCAGAGGAGGCGGCAUGUCGCGAGGCGAUGUAUGUGCUGCAGAAAGCCAACGAUCGUGGUAGAAUCAGCGGCAACGACUUUGUACGGCAAAUGCGUGGGCUAGGACGAGAAUGCUUCCUGAAAAUGGCUCUCGCGCGGAAGUGUGCAAAGGGAAUGGGCUUGGAAAUACGCAGAUAG